AUGGAGUCCAGAGAUACUCUGAUAUGGCAAUACAAUGAAGAAGGAAAAUAUAGAGUGAAGUCGGGUCACCAUUUGGCAAGAGCUAUAUAUGGUAUGGAGGCAGGUCCUAAAGAUCUGGUUUGCUUUCGAUCUCUUCAUAAGAUUGAAGCAACCCAAAUUUCUCCCCUUCAUGGACUGGUUAAGACCCUCUGUACUACAUGGACAUGGAGCAACAAUUUCAGACCUUUUCGACAUUACAAAGUCUAUCUGUCAUUUCACAAUCAAGCAUUUUGGACGGGGAAGAGUCCUUGGUGUUUGAAUGAUGGUGACAUGACAAAUGACAAUGCUUCUAGAAUUGAUUCCAAGCGGGCUUAUCCGUGGUUCAUGGAUGACCCUGAUUUGGAUCUGCUUCCUAUUAAGAAACAAACAAUAGAGGGUCCAAGCAAUUUGUUAUCUGGAAUGCUCAACUCAAAUAUUUCUUCGUGGGGAACUUCCUCAGGGUUUCACUCUUUAAAUGGUCAUUUUACUGAACAAGUAUUUGCCUCAGAUGCAGCAAAUAUGACUUUUGAAGAUGCAAAUACUCCCUCUGUUAGCAUAGAUGAUAAAUUGAGUGUGGAGAGAAAGGAUAACAUGGAUCCAUUUGGAAAUGAGUCCUCAUUUGGUUUAUCCAUGUCAACUAUGAUAGAAGAUCCUCGUUUAGUUUUUAACUAUGAUGGAGUUAGAAAAGUGAGAGUAAAUGAGGUGAAAGGAUCUGAGAAUGUCAUGUCUGUUACUACAAAUAAUCCCUAUGAUAGGGGAGUUAGUGACACUAUGUCAAAUCCUUGUCUAUACAAGACAGGUGAAAAUUCCAUGUCAACAAGUCUUGCCUACAACAAAGGAGGAGCCAAUAUCAUAGCAAUGGAUGGUGCUUAUGAUCAGACAGAUAACAAUUUAAUGUCAAUGGGUCAAUCCUAUAACAAGGGAAAUGACAGUUUAUCUAUACAUCCAACAUUCAAUGAGAUUCGUAAUCCGAUUUUAAUGGAUAAUGGCUUCAGUAAGGUGGAUAGUCAUGUAAUAUCUAGUGCUCAAGCUUACAAUAAGACCCAUGGCAAUUCUAUGUUAACUAACUACUUGUACAAUAAGGUUGACAAUGGCACUAUAUCAUCUCAUUACACCUACCACAAGGAGGGAAAUGAUGUGCCAUUUGUUUCACGCUCCUAUGAUAAAGGAGAGAGCACCAUCAUAUCUUUUGGUAGCUGUGAUGAUGAUACAACGCCCUCGGACUUGUUCAUUUCUGACUAUGAACUGUUGAUGUGUCAAGCACUUUCACACAAACCAGAGGCUGUGAAUGAGAAAGAGUUGGUUAGACCUAGUUCUAAUUUACUUCCAAGUAAAGGUCAGACAUCUGCACCUGAAACUGAAAAUAUUCUCAAGAAAAAAGAGGAGACAAAAAUGUCUAAAAAAGCUACUUCAAACAACUUCCCUUCAAAUGUCAGAAGUUUGUUAUCCACUGGUAUGCUGGAUGGUCUCUCAGUAAAGUAUAAGGCGUGGUCACAGGAGAAGGAACUUCGAGGUGUUAUAAAAGGUGCUGGGUAUUUGUGCAGUUGUCACUCAUGUAAUUUUUCCAAGGUUAUUAAUGCAUAUGAAUUUGAGCGACAUGCUGGUUGCAAGACAAAACACCCCAAUAAUCACAUUUACUUUGAUAAUGGGAAAACUAUUUACGGGGUUGUACAAGAGCUGAGGAGCACUCCACAAAGCAUGUUGUUUGAAGUUAUUCAGACUGUAACCGGUGCACCUAUCAAUCAGAAAUCUUUCUGCAUUUGGAAAGAAUCUUUUUUGGCUGCAGCAGGGAAUUCCAGCACAUAUGUGCAAAACAAAGAAGUGAAGCAAUUGUUAUAA